AUGAAACACAUAGAAAACUAUCCCUAUGAUGAAAAUGGCAAAGCACAAUAUAUAAUAAACAGCAAAAAAAAAAAUGUUAGUGCAAAUAGUUCAAAUAGUAAUACCAUUCAUGAAAAUUGUUCAAAUGGAAAAAAUAAUAAAUCUAAUAUUUUUAGGGAUAAUGGCAAAAGAAAAAAUAAAAAUGUCCUCGUAGGUAGUGCCUUAAUAGCUGAUAAUCAAAAUGAAAGAAGGAAUGUUAUUAAUGAAAAAAGUAAAAUGGAAAAUAAUACAAUCAAUGGGGAAUCUACGCCAUAUAUGCAGAAAAACAAUUUAAUUAACGAGGAGGAAAAUGAACCGAUCAGUAGACAGCUAAGUUUGGAGGGCCCACAUAAAUACAGCAGUACCAUUAGCAGUAGCAGUAGCAGUAACAGUAACAGUAACAGUAACAGUAACAGUAACAGUAACAGUAACAGUAACAGUAACAGUAACAGUAACAGUAACAGUAACAGUAACAGUAGCAGUAACAGUAGCAGUAACAGUAGCAGUAACAGUAGCAGUAACAGUAACAUCGGUUUGAAUGUUUUACAUAAUGAGAAAUUGAACGAGGUGGAGAAAAGGGCAGAUGUAUGCGAACUUACAAUAUUACGAAACCAUGAAAAUUUAAGUGAAUAUACAACAAUAAAUGUCAAUGGAGGACUAUACAACAUGAAUGCAGAUCAUUCCAACAAUCUCAUGCUAAACCAUAUCCUUAAGAAAUCAAAUGGAAUAAUCCAUAAAAAAAAAAAAUUUAUUUCGGAUGUAAAUGUUUUAAAUAAUGAAGAUGAAGAAUAUAUGAGUUGUACUAACAUUUCAGAGCACAGUAAUAUAUCAAAAAAUAGUGUUAAUGCUAAUUUGGAUAGAAAAAAAAGCGAAAUGGACUAUAGCACACCGCGCAUCUUAAAUACACCAAACAAUAGUAAUAUAAAGCGAAUGCAAAAAAUCCAGGUUGAUGAAAAUAAAGACAGUGGUAAGGAUAAUUUUUUUGAACUGACGAGAAAAAUAUAUGAGGAAAUUCCAAAAUGCCAUUUCGGACCUGAAAAAAUUAAUGAAAAAUGGAGCGACCGAAGGAAUCAUAAUGCCUUCAAUAGCGGAUGCACUCAAAAUAGAGGAAAAAAGAAAUCCACCACUGACAGUGGUAGUAACAGAAGUGGUAGUAACGGUAGCAGUAGGGGCAGUAUUGGUAACAGCAGCGGAAGUGGAAGCCGCGUAAAUUACUCUAUAAAGAGAAAUGCAAAAAACAUGCUAAUAAGCAACACAGAGGAUAUAAUAAUGUGCGUUGAUAAUGACGUUGCUGGGAAGGGAAGCUUAGGUGUAGUGAAUAAUGAGGUUGGCAGCACACAGAAGAAUAAGUGUGGAUUAUCUGGAAGUGAAAAUGCUAAUAAAAAUGAGAAGUAUUACUUAAAUCAUGAUGCUGAGGCAAAAAACAGUAUAACCAAUAAUACGAAUAAUGACUAUCUUUUUGCAACCACAAAUAACUUUAGUGAUGCCAUGAACAUAUAUAUCUGCUCAAAUAACAGCAUUACAACAUAUAAUAGUAACGUGAACUUUAAUGGUAAUGCUAGUGAUGCCCCAUAUGAGAAUAUGCAAACCUUUUAUAGAGAAGAAGAACCCCUUUCUAGUUACAGUAGAGACAGAAUAAAUAAUCCUAGUGAGUCUGUCUAUAAUUCUACUAGUAAUAUAAAUGAUAAGAGCAAAGAUAUUAAUUACCCAAAUCUGAGUAGAGAUAAAACAACUAGAACUCCACUGCCCAUAUGGCAAAUGAACUCUGAGUACAAUAACAAAUUCAAUGAUAUUAAAUGCAAUAAUUUUCAGUCGUUUAGUAGUUCAAAUACUUUUAAAAAAUGCAAAUCGGAUUUAUUACAGGUAGGAAAUUUACACGUACCUAAUCAGUGUAACGUUCAAUACAGCGAUAAUAUGAGAACUCAAAUUAAUCAAAACAAUUCUAGAGAAAUGGAAACGCAAAAAAUGAAUGACCAUAUCGAAACAAAAACAGACAGGGAGAGAUACUAUAUAUCAAAACAUAAUUGUUCAAACAGUACAAAAAUAAGAAGGUUAAAAGAAUUUGAAAAUUUACUUUUCGAAUUAAAUGGAAUGAAAACGAACUUGAGUAUACAUAACGACGUUUAUAAAAAGUACAUGAAUGAUGUAUUUAAGAACGAUAAUUUUGUUAUUAACACCUCAAUGGUUAGGAGUAAUGAAGAUAAAAUUGUUGACACAACGUUAGAACGUACUAAUGAGGAGAAUAACGUAAAUGGAGGAAUAAAUAAAGCAGGAAAUAACUAUGCAAAGUGCGAAUAUGAUUGGGUACAAAACUUUUUACAUGAUGAUACAAAUAGCACAGAAGAUAUGAACAAAAAAAAAAAUUUCAGAAAAAACAGCAAUAAUGCAUAUGAAGUGAAUUGUACAAAUGAUGCAAAAGAUGCUGAUAAUAUAAAUCAAGAAAAUUCGAAGAUUUGUUCACCUAAUUUUAGUGGCAUACUAAAGGGUAACAGUGUCAUUGAUACAAAUGAAAAAAAAGACAUGAAAAAUAAAAAAAAAAACAAUACAACAAAUGGGGAGGGUGUUACAUUAACUAAAUUGGAAAAUCAAGAUAACAUAAAUUAUAUGAAUAAGGUUAUCAAUAAAUACAUAAAGCAUUCAAAUGAUUUUAACAAUAUGAACAGCAUGAAAAAUAUAAGCGUACAUGUACACAAUUCCGAAGGUGUUAUUAUAGGAUUACUGGAUGACAAAAUUGAUGCUGUUAGUGUGAAAAACCAUGUAAAUAAUCAUUACAAUGGAGAACAUAUUUUCAACGUGAAUGAAAACUGUAACUCGUAUGAUUCGUCCAACAACUGUUACAAUAAUAAUACUCCUUCCUAUGUAAAAAAUGAAAAUAAAGAGAGUAAGAAAAAUGAUAAAAGUGAAAAAACAAAUUCGAGCACACGAAUUGAAGGAGAAAAAACACCUUUCCAUUAUCAUGAGGAAUGGAUGAAAUUAGUAAAGAGAGAAAAAACAAAAAGUGCAACUAACCACCAAAUUAUAUAUAGAAACGAAUAUUAUAACAGCAGUGAGGGAAAUGAUAAGAACAACUAUAUGGGUUAUGAUAAAAAAGGCAGCUAUUCAUUUUUUUUACACGAUGAGGAAAAAAAAAAGGCAUCGCUAAAUUAUGAUUAUAACAGCCCUACAUUGGAGUGCAAGUGGAGUGGAAGUUUACAAGAAACGAAGAAAAGAAAUAAUGAUUGGAAAAAAACAAGCGCGGAUAUAGGCCCUAAAACGAACAAAGAAUUAGGUCCCCAAAUCAGCGCAGAAUUAGAUCCCCAAACCAGCGCAGAAUUAGAUCCCCAAACUAGCGCAGAAUUAAGUCUCAAAACAAGCGCAGAAUUAAGUCUCAAAACAAAUGCAGAUAUAUGCCCAAAUAAUGGUGAUAACAACGAUGAUAAUUAUAACAGUCUCACGGGCAUUUAUGGAAAUAACUAUAUAACAACUGAGAAUAAGCAUGAUAAGGGGGAUUUAAUUGACUUCAGUUCAGGGAAUAACUUGACAAAAGGAGAGGACACAAGAAUAGCAGGUGAAUUGGUAAGAACAAAAAAUAGGGAAAACUGUGGAAAUUGUUCAAAUUAUUCAAAUUUUUCAAAUUAUUUAAAUUGUUCAAAUUUUUCAAAUUAUUUAAAUUGUUCAAAUUGUUCAAAUUGUUCAAACUGUUCAAAUUGUCCAAAUUGUUCAAAUUGUUCAAACUGUUCAAAUUGUCCAAAUUGUUCAAAUUGUCCAAAUUGUUCAAAUUGUUCAAACUGUUCAAAUUGUCCAAAUUGUUCAAAUUGUCCAAAUUGUUCAAAUUGUUCAAAUUGUUCAAAUUGUUCAAGUUAUUCAAAAUAUUCAAGAUAUUCAAAUUAUUCAAACUGUUUAUUUACAAAUUAUGGAGGUACCCAUAUUAUGCUAGAACAACAAUGUAAUGACAAAAAAUACAUCAGAAAUGAUUUAUAUCCUGUAAAUAUCUCUUUUGAGAAAAACAAAAAAGAGAAAUCAACCCCGUCUAGUGAGGUAACUUAUUACAGUACCAAUAACAGUAGCAAUAAUAGUAAUGCCACCACUGCUACUACUUCCACCACCGCUACUACUUCCACCAAUUCUCCUACUACCACCAAUGCUCCUACUAUCACCAAUGCUCCUACUACCACCAAUGCUCCUACUACCACCAAUGCUCCUACUACCACCAAUGCUCCUACUACCACCAAUGCUCCUACUAUCACCAAUGCUCCUACUAUCACCAAUGCUCCUACUAUCACCAAUGCUCCUACUACCACCACUGCUAUCACUACUUCCACUUCUAACAACAACUGUAAUAGGAUGGACGUUGGAAAAAUCAUGUGCAAGAACGAAAAUUCUAAUUUUUAUAUUAAUGGAAAUUACAAUAAUAACGAAGAGGGACAUGGGAAAAAUGCAGGUAGUGCAACGAAGUGGACACAUAAUAUUAAUACACUUGGAGGAGGUGUUAAUUUUAGUAAAUGUAAUGAACUACAGAAUGACGAAAUACACUUUAAAAAAAAAAGGAGUGAAGAAAGGAUAAGUAAAAAUAUAGGUGAUCAAUUAAGUAGUAGCAUUAAUUCAGAUAGUGAGUUGAACGUGUGCGCGAGAGGCGACAACAUGGAGUUUUUCGACAAUUCUAAUGGUAAUAAUAGUGGUAGUAUUAGCACUACUGGUAUAUUUGGUAGUAGCAAUAAUAGAAACAGAAGCAGUAACAUCAACAGGAACAGCAGUAGUAAUGGUAAUAGUAAUGGCAGUAAUAAUGACAGUAGUAAUGGCAGUAAUAAUGACAGUAUAAUAAGAAAUAAUGACAGUAAUAAUGACAGAAAUAAUGACAGUAAUAAUGACAGAAAUAAUGACAGUAAUAAUGACAGAAAUAAUGACAGUAAUAAUGACAGUAAUAAUGACAGAAAUAAUGACAGUAGUAAUAGCGCCCUUGGUGCUUAUAACACGAACGGUGAGCGCACAUACCUCUGUACGAACUUUAAUAAGUACAACACUACUGAUGGAGGGAAUGGUGCCAGUCAUGAAAAUAAUACAUUUAAUCAACGAGAAAUCGAUAAUAAUAGUAAUGAUGUUAAGAAUAAUGCAAAAUAUUCCUUUGGGGAUGGUAGCAGUAUCAACGGGGUAUAUAACGCCUUUACAAUAAAGCAUAAGGAGAAUAAAAAUUUUAACUGUACUGCUAAUGAGGUUGAAAAUUCGAAAAAUAUGAACAGUGCAGGUAAAAAUAUACCAAUUUAUCAGAAUUCUUUAAUUAUUAAGAGGGAUAGUUAUUAUGACAGUGCAAAUAGACCAAAUAUUGAUAGUGAAAAAUGCGCUGAUGAGGUAAUCGGGUACUAUAGUAAAGGAGGAAGUACAGGUAAAGUUUUCACUUCAAUUAACAGAGUAGAGAAAAACAUGAAUAUCUCAAAUUUUGGAAAAAAUUAUGACAAAACGGAUGAAAGUAAUUGGAGCAAUAACAUACACACGAAUGUGAAUGUAAAUGUAAAUGUAAAUACGAAGAACACUAACGAGUGUUGCAAAAAUGAGGAUGAUUGGGAAGAGGAGGAGGAACAUGAUGAAGAAGAAGACACAGUAGCAGCAGAAGCAGCAAUAGCAGUAGUGGAAAAAAAAUUAACAGCAAUUGGGGGCACAGGUAAAAUUUUUGAUUUGAAAAAUGACUACAAGUGGAACUACGAACGUUUAAUAUAUCCUGAACAUAUAAAUUUUAAAAGGGCUUUUUUCUUUAACUUUAAAAAGGACAUAUAUAUUUAUGGGGCCAAAAAGAAUAAUUUUAUUAUUCCAGAUAAAAUCUUUAAAAUAUGUAAUAACGAAAUUGCCGUAAUAAAUACUAGUGGGGCAACACCUCAGUUAUAUAUUAGAAUUUAUCUUGUACAUGAUAUAUAUGAAAAUUCGCUAAGUGAUAUUAAAUCGUACAAAUAUAAUAAAGACAAAGCGAGUGAAGAAUUGAAUCCUACCUACUGUAAUAAUAUAUAUAAUUUUAAACAUAAAAAUUAUAGCACAUUAUAUGAGCAAAAUGACUAUCUCAAGGAUUAUACUACAUAUAAUAGAAGUAUAUUUAAAGGGGAUAGAAAGAACGAAAGUGUAGAGAACAAAUGUGUAUACAUUUUGGGAUGCAAAGAAAAACGAGUACUUGACUUAUAUAGAAUAUAUAAACUCGAUUUAAGUAACUUUGAGUGGGAAGAAAUUAAAAUUACAUACAAUAGAUUAUUAAAUGUGUCAAGAGAAGAUUUCUCCAUAAUUUUUAUUAAUAACUCCUUGUAUAUAUAUGGUGGUGUCAUAUUGAAAAAAAAUAAGUGGGUAAGUUGUGAUGAAUUCUGGAAAUGCAAUUUGAAAAAAAGAAAAUGGAAAAUGCUUACGCUAAGGGAAAAAGGGGGAAUGAAGAAGCAGGAAAAGCAGGAAAUGCAGGAAAUGCAGGAAAUGCAGGAAAUGCAGGAAAUGCAGGAAAAGCAGGAACAGAAGGAACAGCAGGAAAAGCAGGAAAAAACAUACGAUUUGUAUUAUGACACUAACUUGUCAUCCCCACUCAAUCAUUUUAUAAGUUUAAACAAUUCGGGUAAUAAUCUCGGUGGAAGUACUAAAUUGGACGAACAUAAUAAAACUGGCAGUAAUUAUCAUGCUGAUAGAUGUGAUGAAAAUGAGUGUAAUGAUACUGCUAAAGGGGGAAGUGUUAAUCAGACAUGUAGGAAGGACCAAAAAGAAAGUAUAAAGAGCAACAACGAUGGAGUGACAAAAGAUGGUAAGGAUGAAAAUUCAUCCAUAUUAAUGAAUGUUCGCUUUGUAGAAAGAUAUCCAUCCAGCAGAGCAUGCCAUUUGUGUGUUUUCUAUCAAAAUAAGAUUUACAUUCAUGGAGGUACUAAUUUAACAGAAGAAAUGGACGAUUUUUAUUUCUUUGAUAUGGGAAAAAAAAAAUGGUUUGAAAUAAUUCAGGAUGGACAAAUCUAUCCUUCCAAAAGAUAUGGUCAUUCUGGGUAUAUCAUAAAAAAUAAAUUAUAUAUAUAUGGUGGGUUUACGAAAUAUCUCAGCUGUAAUGUUGUAUAUAAUGACUUUUUUGAAUAUGAUUUUGAAAAAAACACGUGGAAACAAAUAUUUACAGUGGAUGAUUUAUGCUAUUUAAAAAGUGAACUAAAGAAUGAACAACAAAUUUUUUCCCGAUUCCUACAAUUACUCGUGUUAAAAAAUUUUUAUAAAAAUAAAUUAUUAAAUCGUCUAAACUCCAGGAAGAAAUAUAAUGACAUAAAAAAAACUCUCCCUACUGAUGAUGAAAAUAUUAAAAGGGACACUUCCACCAAUUUUAGUAACGAUAAAGACGCAAAAGUAAAUUUAGGCAAUCAUGAAAGAGAAUAUGUUCAAGUGCAAAAAAAAGAAAUACUGAAAAAAGAAAGAGACUACAGUAGAAAAGAAAUCUAUCAACAGAAAAACAACUUCGAAAUGUAUAUACACCAUAAGUAUGACAGCACGUUCGUCGAAUGUAAAAAUUUGCCUCUUAUGGAGAAAAAUAAUACUACCAUUAGCAGCAGCAUUAACGGUAUUUCUGAAUCGGGCUUUUUCGACCAUUCUAAUUGUACCACUGAUGGAAAUAUAUUAAAUGGGGGUAAUAAUAUUUUCAAAGAAAAGGAACAAGUAAAAUUAAAACUUUACGAUAAUUUUUUGUCCAUAAAAAAUUUAGGCUACUGUGAUGAUAUAAUAAUGCCUUAUAACAUCUUCAGAAAUAAGUGCCUUUAUUAUGACAGUUCAUUAUACUUGAUUGGUGGAUGCGGUAUUGACAAUAAUUUGCACAAAAACACAAUCAUUAAUAUAGAUAACUUUAUCUAUUAUGAUAACUUUUUUAAAAUUAAAAUAGACAAUUCGUACACAGAUUUUAUGCUGCAUUAUUUAUUUUAUAUGGAUGCAUUUUUUUUUGAAUUUAUUGAAAAGGUGAGAAUUGCCACGUUUAAAUAUUCAGGACUGGAUCAAAAAAAUGAGUGGGCGUGUUACACAAACGAUGAGGAGGAAUAUGAAGACGAUAAAAAUGUAGAUAAAAAUGAAGAUAAAAAUGUAGAUAAAAAUGAAGAUAAAAAUGUAGAUAAAAAUGAAGAUAAAAAUGUAGAUAAAAAUGAAGAUAAAAAUGAAGAUAAAAAUGCAGAUAAAAAGGAAGAUAAAAAUGAAGAUAAAAAUGCAGAUAAAAAGGAAGAUAAAAAUGUAGAUAAAAAUGUAGAUAAAAAUGCAGAUAAAAAGGAAGAUAAAAAUGCAGAUAAAAAGGACGACGAAAAUCAGGAGUUAUACACAGUGCACAAUUUAACACAGAAUGAUGCAACUUUAAAAAAGUAUGAUUUGUUCAGAAAUAAUUCUCAAACAGAAAAGGACACCACUUUUUUCGAUGACAUACGCUCAAAUAUAAAAAUGAUUGAUGACGAAUUAAAUGAUAUUAUGUUUAUGAAUAUUACACCAGAAAAAGAAAAAGAUAAUAGGGAAAACUUUUUUAAUAAGGGAAACGACCAAAAUAUUAGAAAAAUAAAAGAAUAUGUCUCUAAUAAUAACAUGCACAAGUCAGCAAAUAAAAAGUUGGGGAAUAUAUUUUUAUUGGCUCAAAAUAAAAAAAUAUGUGAAUUGUUAAUAUUUUUAUUUGACUUAUAUGACAACGUAUAUUGCAGGGGUAAAAAGGUGCAAAAGGUCGUAAAAAUUAAUAAAAAAAAAGAUGAUAUUAUAAGCAUUCAAAAUAAAAAUAGUUUGCGCGAUAAUUUAUUCGAAAAAAAAGGCACAGAACAAAACAAGCACAUUCCUUCGUAUUAUUUGCUCACAAGUAAAAGUGAAAUAAAGACAAAAAUAAGUGACACUGCAUUUUCAAAAGUAGAACAAAAUGGGAACAAGCCUUUUCAAUUUCAGUCUAGUGAGAUGGAUCUUCACAAGGAAAAAAAUAAUGCAUUUCAGAGGUAUGGAGUAGGUGAAAAAAACAUUGGUAGUAGUAGCAAUAGCGGAAGUAGUAGAAGUCGUAACAAUAGCAGCAAUCGUAGCAGUCGCAGCAAUCAUAGCAACCGUAGAAGUUGUGAACACGAUGGCAAGGAACUACUCAAAAAUACUCUUGAUGAUGCCACGAUAAAGCAGCACAGUGAAGACAAAAGGUAUGAAAAUGAAAAUGAAAAUAAAAAUGACAAUGUACAUACGAACGCUAAUUUACGUAAUUAUGUACAAGGUAAUAAAGAAUAUAUGUAUAUAAACGUACACAGUGAAAACAUACGAAAUAAUAGUGUAAAUUAUUGUGGUAAUACCUAUAAUGAAAAAGAUGAUGAGCUUUUUCGUGAAUUCAAAAAAGAGAACAAUAAAAUAAAUUGCAACAGUGUUUGCAGUGGGAAAUUUUAUAUCCAUGAUGGCAGUUAUAUCGAUGAUGGUAGUUAUAAGAACAGUGUCAACUAUAACCAUAACAACUGCACCCAGAAAAACCCCAUUUCUUAUGAUACUAAUGGGGAAAUUCAUUUCAGAGAAAACUUUAGGAACAAUUACAAGAGAGAAAAGGAUGACAUUCCAUAUGAAAGCCCCUUAGUUUUUAAUAACAGCAUAACAAGAGAAAAGAGAUGUAUGCAAAAUUGCAAUAUUGUUGGUUUAAAUGAUGAAACAGAGGGCCUGAAUAUUAUUCCGAAAAAUGUAAAUUUUGGAUCUGAAAUAGGGAGCAGUUACAACGAUAAAAAGGAUAAUGACGCGAAUAAUAAUAACAGCAAUUAUAACAAUGUUUGUAAUAAUAGUUUUUAUACCAGUAGUGUUCAUAACAGCAGUGUUCAUAACAGCAGUGUUCAUAACAGCAGUGUUCAUAACAGCAGUGAUCAUAAUAGCAGUGGGCAUAAUAGCAGUGGUCAUAGCAGCAAUAGUCAUAACAGCAAUGGUCAUAAUAGCUGUGUACACAGUAGUAGUGUCGAUAACACCAUUUAUAACAAUUUUCAUAUAAAAAAUGCAAAUUUUGAUUAUUACUGUAAUAAUCAAGGGGACAGCUUAAACAAAAGGAAUAAAAACGACUGCUCUUACCACUAUAACAGCUCCAAUGUAGAAGAUGAAAUAAUUGCGAAUGCAGAAAAGAUGAAUAAUAUAGAUUUUUAUAACUACUAUGAAAAUAGUUUUAGAACUGAGGAAUACUUGAGUACAAGCCAAAUGCAUUUAAAUAUGGAAAAGUCCAUAAUAUACAAUUAUUUAGAAAAUUUUAAUGAAUUAAAUGAUGAAAAAUAUGCAGUUAAAAUGAAAAUAAGAAAAAAUGAUAUCUAUAAAUUGAUUUAUACAUAUACAAAAAGUGUAGAGAUACAAAAUAAUAUAUAUUUAAGAAAAAUUGAAAAAUUAGAAGAACAAGUUAGGGACCUCUUGGAAGAGAAUAAUCCCAUAGACAAAUAUGAUAAAAUAAUGGAAAAAGAAGAAGAGGAAGAAAAUGAAAAAAAAAAAAAAAAAAUGGAAUAUUACAUAUUUAAUGAAAUAAAUUUUGAAAAAUUAAAAAAUGAACACAUUUAUUUAAGAAAAAAAUUACAAUAUUUUUAUCAUAUAACAAAUAUAUAUGGCAUCAAAAUACAAAAACAAGAUCUAUAUAUACACAUUCUUGAAAAUAAAUAUGAAUAUUUAAUGAACUGUUUAUUGAAAUUAAAAUAUGUUUUAUUAAAAGCAGGUAUAAAUGAUGAUAUUAGUAAGUUUUUUUAUGAAGAUAAUUUUUUUGUUCAUGAAAAAAAUAACAAUAAUUCAUAUAAUGAUGGUAACAACAAUGUUAUGUGUACUAAUGAAUAUAUUUGGGGCAAUACUACUACUCAUCAAGUAAACUGCAGGAGUUACCUUUGA